AUAAACCCGGCUAAACAGUCGAUGGAGGCUUGGCACUGGGUAAUGCGCUGGUCGGAUUUGCUUGGGCCAGCUCCCUUAGCUAACCUUUUGGAGCGCUGCUUCCUGCCCCGUUGGUUGGCAACUCUAUCUGCUUGGCUAACGCAAGCUUUGGCGGCUCGACGCAGUGGGGAUGUAACAGCAGGCCGCGUCUUUAAUGAGGUAGCUAGCUGGUACGCCGGUUGGAAAGCCCAGUUGCCCGUCGAAGUAACCGGAUAUCUUGGAGUCAGGGAAGCACUUUCAAAGGCUCUGAGCAUGAUGGAUAGGGCCAUGCGUGGCCUUCCGCCACAAGAACUUAGUGCACCUACCGCACCUUUCGGUGUACCCGGUCAGUUCCCAGCUUCAACUCCUGGUCAGGUUGCUCAUCUGAGAGGCCCAGCUGGCUUAGCACAUCUCGCCCUAAGCCAACGAAAUUUGCCUGCUGCAACACUACGUGAACAAUUGGAAAAUACAGCCAUGGAGCGCGGCCUCCUGUUUCAUCCCAUUGCAAAUCGUUCUUAUGAAGGCAAGCAAGUAUAUCUCCUGGAAAGAAUUCAUAUCUACUUUGACCGAAAUGUGGCCUUCCACUUAAAUACUCAGGAUGGAGAGUGGUAUCCCAUUUCUUUGACAGAUCUUCUGGACAAGAUCAGUUAG